ACUUGACUUAAAAAAUCCAUUCAGAGUUAAAAAAUGUCGGAUACAGAAGAUGAAAAAAAGAAAUUACCUUUCCAUGAGAUGGAGUUGGAUGAAAGGAUUCUGAAAGCUAUCGCUAAACUUGGUUGGAUUGAUCCCACUCUUAUUCAGGAGCGUGGUAUUCCGUUGCUUCUUGAAGGAAGGGAUCUGCUGGCAAGAGGUAGAACUGGAUCUGGCAAAACCGGAGCCUUUUCCAUUCCUCUUAUUCAGAGAAUACUAAGGAUAAAGGGUCGGCAGGAUAUUACUGUAAAUCAAGCUGUGCGUGGUGUAGUACUUUGCCCUAGUAGAGAAUUAUCAAGGCAAACCACUCAAGUUUUGACAGACCUUGCAAAUUCUUGUGUAGGAGUUAUCAGAAUUCUUGAUAUUGGAUCAAAAGAGGUUUCUGCUGUCAAACCACUGCUUAGAGAUCUACCAGAUAUAUUGGUUGGUACUCCUGGUAGACUUGCACAACAUCUCAGUUGCACAACAUCUCAGGUAGAUAUUGUACUCCUGGUAGACUUGCACAACAUCUCAGGUAGAUUUGUACUCCUGGUAGACUUGCACAACAUCUCAGGUAGAUAUUGUACUCCUGGUAGACUUGCACAGCAUCUCAGGGAGAAGAAUGUUGACCUCUCUAGUUCCCUCGAGAUCAUGGUGAUUGAUGAGGCCGACCUCAUAUUUUCAUUUGGGUUCGAGGCUGAUAUCAGGUUUAUCCUGGAACAGGUUCCACCAAUCUACCAGGCUGUGUUAACGAGUGCUACUCUAUCUGAAGAUGUUGAAAAAUUGAAGAAAUUGGUUUUAAAUAAUCCUGUUAUUUUAAAACUAUCUGAACCAGAUUUACCAGACUCUAGCCAGCUAACACAGUACGUGUUCAAGCUGGAGGAGGAGGAGAAGUACGUCCUAAUCUACGCUCUCUUUAAGCUCGAACUCAUCAGGGGAAAAACAAUCAUUUUUGUCUCAACAGUGGACAGGUGUUACAAGAUGAAGCUGUACCUGGAACAGUUUAAUAUUCCAUGCUGUGUUCUUAACUCCGAGCUUCCAGCAGCCUCCAGGUAUAUAGAUGACGGUGAGAACGGUGUAGGGAAGAGUAAGAAGAAGGAGAAGAAGGUGGAUAAAGACAAGGAAGCAAGUAAACGAGUUAAAGAUAAAGAGAGUGGUGUAGCACGAGGAAUAGAUUUUCAGUUUGUGUCUAAUGUUGUCAACUUCGAUUUUCCAAAGAACUCUGACAGUUACGUACACCGUGUUGGUAGAACAGCGAGGGCGGGACAAAUUGGGACCGCCCUCAGUCUGGUGGCCGCCAAGGAGAUGGAUCAGCUGAAAGAGGUGGAGGAUAGACUCCAGCAGGUCGCAGGAGGAGAAGCACUCCGUCCAUAUCAGUUUAAGAUGGAGGAAUUGGACGGGUUUAAAUAUAGAGCCAGAGAUGCAUGGAGAGCGGUAACUAAGGUUGCAGUACGCGAGGCUAGAUUGAAGGAGAUAAAUUAUGUACAGGUUGCAGUACGCGAGGCUAGAUUGAAGGAGAUAAAACAAGAAUUGUUGAAUUCGAACAAACUAAUUUCAUACUUUGAAGAUAAUCCCAGAGAUCGACAGAUACUUAGACACGACAAGAAUCUUCAUAUUGUGAAGCAGCAAGAGCAUCUGAGGAAUGUUCCGGAGUACAUCAUACCGGAGACCCUCCGGAGUAUGACGGGAGGAGGAGGACGGAAGAAGAAGAAAAAUCAUCCUCAAAUCUCCGAUGUUCAGAAGAAAUUUAACAAGAGGAAAGCAGAUCCUCUCGACUUUGGGGUCAAACGAAAAAAGUGAUUUUUUUUAUUUUCAAAAUUUUUAUUUUCAGA